AUGAAGAACAACCAAAUAGCCUUUGAAGAAUUCAAUGGAGACGUAGAGAAGCUGACGGGAUACAAGAAAAUCAUGGGACACUUGGUAUUUGAUGUGAAAUUGGGAGAAAACUUCCACAAGACUGAAGCACCAGCAGCAUUGACCUACAGCACUGUAGGAUCUUGUGAUUCAGUUUGGAUACUACUCAUGAUAGCAGCGCUAAACGGAUUAGACUUGCAGUGUGCGGACAUACAGAACGAUUUCCUCACUGCACCAGCAAUCGAAAAGUGCUACAUGGUAGCAGGACCCAAGUUUGGGGACGAAGAAGGCAAAGUUUUCAUUGUAAGAAGGGCAUUAUAUGGUCUAAAAGGACCAUAA